UUUGCUGGUAUAAAACAAUUGAGAAAGAUGCGAAAUUCUCGAUUCAUGGCAGUUGCGAUGUGAAAACUGGAAAAGUAACGCACGACCAGACGCACUCACUCACUCAACGUAGAAGAGAGAGAUUGGAACUGACACCGGCAGAUCUAGAAAACCAUACAGAUCCAAGACGAACAGCAGAAACGACGACGAGGACGCUCUGGUUGGUUUUCGGUUUGGUCCUCGUAAGUUUUUAGGUGGAAGAAAGUUGAAAGUAUGGAGCGGUUCAUAGAUAACUUGCCGCCAAUGGAUCUGAUGCGGUCCGAGAAGAUGACUUUUGUUCAGCUCAUCAUUCCAGUCGAAUCCGCUCACCGAGCCCUCUCCUACCUCGGAGAACUCGGUCUCCUUCAGUUUCGUGAUUUAAAUGCUGAUAAAAGCCCUUUCCAGCGAACAUUUGCUAACCAGGUAAAAAGAUGUGGAGAGAUGUCAAGGAAGAUGCAAUUUUUCAAAGAGCAAAUUGCUAAAGCUGGUCUACUCUCUUUUGCACAUCCUACUCUGGAACCAGAUAUUGAGUUGGAGGAAUUGGAGGUACAACUUGCUGAACAUGAACACGAGCUAAUUGAAAUGAACUCUAACAGUGACAAACUUCGACAAACGUAUAAUGAGCUCCUGGAGUUCAAGAUAGUAUUGCAAAAGGCUGGUGGGUUUCUUUUAUCAAGUGACAAUCGCUCAGUUGGAGAAGAGACAGAACUAAAUGAGAAUGUGUACUCAAACAAUGACUAUAUUGAGACAGGUUCUUUACUUGAUCAGGAAAUGAGGCAUGGACCUUCAGAUCAAUCAGGAGUAAGAUUUAUUAGUGGAAUUAUUUGCAAAUCCAAAGCUCUUAGAUUUGAGAGGAUGCUGUUCCGUGCUACAAGGGGAAAUAUGCUUUUCAACCAGGCACCUGCAGAUGAAGAAAUCGUGGAUCCUGUAUCAGCAGAAAUGGUAGAGAAAACUGUUUUUGUAGUUUUUUUCUCUGGGGAGCAGGCAAGAACGAAGAUACUGAAAAUUUGUGAAGCAUUUGGAGCAAAUUGCUAUCCAGUACCAGAAGACGUAACCAAGCAGAGGCAGAUAAGCAGAGAAGUUGCAUCUCGACUUUCUGAAUUAGAAGCCACUUUGGAUGCUGGAAUUCGCCACCGAGAUAAAGCUCUUACUACCAUUGGGUACCGCCUAACAAAAUGGAUGAACAUGGUGCGGAGGGAGAAGGCUGUCUAUGAUACAUUGAAUAUGCUGAAUUUUGAUGUUACUAAAAAGUGUCUUGUUGGAGAAGGAUGGUGUCCAAUAUUUGCAAAAACUCAGAUACAGGAGGCUCUGCAACGUGCAACUUUUGAUAGCAAUUCACAAGUGGGCAUAAUAUUUCAUGUGAUGGAUGCACUGGAAUCACCUCCUACAUAUUUCAAGACAAAUCGAUUCACAAACGCAUUUCAAGAAAUUGUUGAUGCAUAUGGGUCUGUCCUAUUUCUCUAUUUGGUUUGGAUGUGCAUGUUUGAUCCCGGUCAGAAACUAGGAAGCUUUAUGGAGAUGUUAUUUGGGGGGCGAUAUUUACUCCUCCUGAUGGCACUUUUCUCAAUUUACUGUGGGCUUAUCUACAAUGAAUUCUUCUCUAUUCCUUUUCACAUUUUUGGUGGAUCUGCUUACAAGUGCCGAGAUAUUAGUUGCAGUGAUGCACAUUUGGCUGGUCUAGUCAAAUACCGAGAUCCAUACCCAUUUGGUGUGGAUCCUAGUUGGCGUGGGAGUCGUUCUGAAUUGCCUUUCUUGAACUCUCUUAAGAUGAAGAUGUCUAUAUUGUUGGGUGUGGCCCAGAUGAAUUUAGGAAUUGUGUUAAGUUAUUUCAAUGCACACUUUUUUGGUAGCUCACUGGAUAUAAGGUAUCAGUUUGUGCCACAGAUGAUCUUCCUUAACAGUCUUUUCGGGUAUCUUUCGCUUCUCAUUAUCAUUAAGUGGUGCACUGGUUCUCAGGCAGACCUUUACCAUGUGAUGAUUUACAUGUUUUUGAGCCCUACCGAGAAUCUUGGUGAGAAUCAGUUGUUUUGGGGUCAGCGGCCACUUCAGAUCAUUUUGUUGCUUUUGGCUCUAAUUGCAGUUCCAUGGAUGCUAUUUCCAAAGCCUUUUAUCUUGAAAAAGCUUCAUUUAGAGAGAUUUCAAGGUCGUAGUUAUGGGAUACUUGGCACUUCCGAGAUAGAUCUUGAUGCAGAACCAGACUCAGCACGGCAACGUCACGAGGAGUUCAACUUUACUGAGGUUUUUGUGCAUCAAAUGAUACACUCCAUAGAAUUUAUUCUAGGGGCUGUCUCAAACACAGCAUCAUACCUUCGGCUUUGGGCUUUGAGCUUGGCACACUCUGAACUGUCAACCGUUUUCUAUGAGAAAAUUCUUCUUCUUGCCUGGGGGUACGACAACAUCUUCAUCCGAUUAAUAGGGUUAACAGUUUUUGCUUUUGCAACUGCUUUUGUACUGCUCAUAAUGGAGACUCUAAGUGCUUUCCUGCAUGCCUUGCGUCUUCAUUGGAUGGAAUUUCAGAAUAAGUUCUACCAUGGCGAUGGCUACAAGUUUAGACCUUUCUCUUUCACCUUGAUUGUAGAGGAAGAGGACUAAUUCUCAAUACAUUCUGAUCUUUUUCGUCUUCACACACAAGAAACAAAAUGAUUAUAUUGAAGGGCUUGGAAUUUUUCCAGGCUACCUAGAAUGGAUUCCAAUGGAAACUCAAGAGACUGGCUGACCGACACUCAACAAAUUUUCCCCUAACAUAAUUCUUGCUGCAUAUCUAAGAUUGUGGAAAAAUCCUUGAGCAGAUUCUUCCAGGCACAGUAAGUUUACAUUGGAACUGAAACUUUUUUGUUCUUGAGGUUGGAAAAAGGGGGUAGUUAGGGCUAGAGGUGAAAAGCUUUGUCGUAAAGAGAGGCUGGAGAGACUCAUCCAUACCAAAUACCACAUAGCUUUCCUUGGAUUUCAACUGGGUUCUUUCUUGGGUUUGCAGGCUUAUAAAUUUCACAUUUUCUUUUUUAAACUUUGAAUAGUAUAUCCAAGUGUAGUUAUGAUUCAUAAACUCACAGUCCCAUUUUUGUAAGAAUUUAUAAUAAAUCAAAAUAGCGAUAAUAUCCAUUCCAAAA